GAAGAGGGAAAGAGGAGAGAAUAAAGGGGGAGGGAGGAGAGAGAGACCGAGGCAGAAAAUAUUGCGGGUAUUCCUAUCUGCCUAAUUUUUCUGCUCAAAAAUAUAGGAGAGCCCGGAGCUCGGUGGAAGGAGCUAUUUAAGUCCAGAGGAAGAUUGAACUUUAACAGAAAUGGCAGUCAGGCCAGUUGAACGGGUUCCUGAAGCAUCCAGAAAGGGUUUCUCUUGCCCCUGGCUUUGCCUGGAAGGAUAAGUUUAGUGUACAAGAUUGAUUGCAUAUAUUUUAAACCGAAGUAAAAAAGUACAGACUGCAUGAGCACUAAAGGGGGAAAGGCUGCACAAGGGAUGGAAAGCCCCCAUCAUGCGCCUGUCCUUUAAUAAAUAGGCAUAGUCUCCAGUCUGCAUGAAAGCCUGCAAACGUCACUGUAAACAACCGGGCCCACCGGUUUACUUUGCUCUCCCCUCCAAAGGAGGAGGCAACGCCUUUUUAUUUUGUUUUUUAAUCUGCACGCGAAGCACCUAGGGCGAUCCGUUCUUCCCUUUAGGAAAAGUCCCUCUCCAGGAACAAGGACACCUCCGUACAGCACAAGCCCCCAGCGAUGCUCUCUCCGUCACCGCCUUGUCCCAGGGAGCAGGGGCUGCUUUACGCGCGUCCCGGGCUCAGUUAAUUGAAGUUCUGCCUCUUUCCUGCUAAACUUUUUCCCCCCUGUCUGCCUUUGCCAGCCCCCUCGUCUGAUUACAUCUAGUAAUUCUCCACUGAAUGAACGUCAUUUACAAUAGUAGGGGAGCUCUGCGCCCGCUGCUGCUUCACGCUCCAUUUGUCCUCCAUUCUCCCUUUAAAGUACUCGUGUAAUAUUAAUAGUCAUGAAUAUCAAUUAUUAUGAGGCGGUGUAGGCAAGCAGAGGGAGGAAGGGGCGCCUGAGCAGUCUGAGCCCAGCUUCGGGCGGAAGAGGACUGCAUCUGGAGCCCCGGAGAACCACAGAAGAAAAAAAAGACCAAAAAGACUGCAAGAGACCGAUGAACAAGAGCUCUGUCUGUGUGUGACAGGCGUCGCCAAUCUCGUUUGGGGGUGGGGGGGUAAUUUUUUUUCUUUUUCCUUUUUUUUUUUUUUUUUUUUUUUUGAUGGCCUGUCCUGGAUACACCUCAAGCCCGGCUCCUGUGUCCAGCUUGUUCCUUUGCUGGACUCCUUGACUUUUUUUAAAGCAUUGUUUGAUUUUGAGCAGUAACCAGGCUUUUUUUUCCAGAUGUUAGUCCACACCUAUUCAUCCAUGGACCGGCACGAUGGCGUCCCGAGUCACAGCUCGCGACUCUCCCAGCUGGGCUCGGUGUCCCAAGGACCUUAUUCCAGCGCCCCGCCGCUGUCCCACACCCCGUCGUCAGAUUUCCAGCCGCCCUACUUCCCGCCCCCCUACCAGCCGCUCCCCUACCACCAGAGCCAGGACCCCUACUCCCACGUCAACGACCCCUACUCCCUGAACCCCCUGCACCAGCCCCAGCAGCAUCCUUGGGGGCAACGGCAACGGCAAGAAGUGGGUUCAGAAGCCGGCUCCCUCCUGCCCCAGCCUCGGGCCGCCCUGCCCCAGCUCUCGGGCCUGGACCCCCGGAGGGACUACCACUCUGUCCGCCGGCCGGACGUGCUCCUGCACUCAGCGCACCACGGCCUGGACGCGGGCAUGGGUGACAGCCUCUCGCUGCACGGCCUCGGCCACCCCGGAAUGGAAGACGUCCAGUCAGUUGAAGAUGCCAAUAACAGCAGCAUGAAUCUAUUGGACCAGUCUGUCAUUAAAAAAGUUCCAGUUCCUCCCAAAUCUGUGACUUCUCUGAUGAUGAAUAAAGAUGGCUUCCUGGGAGGCAUGUCCGUCAACACCGGGGAGGUGUUUUGCUCGGUCCCGGGCCGUUUGUCUCUGCUCAGUUCAACUUCAAAGUACAAAGUAACUGUGGGGGAAGUUCAGAGACGGCUGUCGCCCCCAGAAUGCCUGAACGCGUCUCUUCUCGGUGGCGUCCUCCGAAGAGCCAAAUCGAAAAAUGGGGGGAGAUCUUUGCGAGAAAGGCUAGAAAAAAUCGGUUUGAAUUUACCCGCGGGCAGGCGCAAAGCAGCAAAUGUCACGUUACUCACCUCCCUGGUGGAAGGAGAAGCUGUUCACUUAGCUCGGGAUUUUGGGUACAUUUGUGAAACAGAGUUUCCCGCCAAAGCUGUUUCUGAGUAUUUGAACCGGCAGCACACGGACCCCAGCGACCUGCAUUCCCGAAAGAAUAUGCUGCUGGCCACCAAGCAACUUUGUAAAGAGUUUACGGAUCUGCUGGCCCAGGACCGGACGCCGAUUGGGAACAGCCGGCCCAGCCCCAUCCUGGAGCCGGGGAUCCAGAGCUGCCUCACGCACUUCAGCCUCAUCACGCACGGCUUCGGCGCCCCGGCCAUUUGCGCCGCGCUCACGGCCCUGCAGAACUAUCUCACCGAGGCGCUCAAAGGCAUGGACAAGAUGUUCUUGAACACCACCACCACUAACAGGCACACGUCUGGGGAAGGCCCAGGUAGUAAAACUGGCGACAAGGAGGAGAAACACAGGAAAUGAAAAAUUAAAAAAAAAAAAGGAAAAAAUGUUUUAAAUACACAAGGAAAACAGAAAACAUUAAUUUUAGCUUUAAAAUAUUGGAUUGGCUUUGGAAGAAUUAUAUUAGGUAGAAUACACAUACAAUCAAAAUUUUAAAAAAAAGUUAAAUAACUUAAACAAACUGAGGCGCACCACGGAGCAACAGUAUCGGUUCUCAGUGUCUAUUUCAAGAUACACUUGGAGACAACCGUCCGGAUUUUCCACUUCGAUUCUUUCGAGCUUAGUAAUACUGAUAAUAAAAAGAAAACCAUGAUUUUUUUUCCCUUUGGAAAAUAAACAUAAGACUAAACGUGAGAAAACGCUAACUUAUUGGAAGAAAAUCGGAGAAACCUUGUCGGUGUCAGUGCUUUGAGAGCUGGUUGACUGAGACGCACGAACUUUUAAAAUUUUUAAUAUAUUUUUAGGAAACUCUCUGGCAGUCCCCGCCCUUCCACCUCACCUCACCCCUCUCCCAGUCACCCUGUUCUACGUUGCCCUCCCUUCCUUCGGCUGUCACGGGAAUCUUCCGGGAUGCAAAGGAGUGUGGUUAGCCUUCUGGCGAGGUUUCGCGGUCCCCUCGGUGCCCCCAGCCCGCCCUGCGUCCUUAACUCACAGGUGCCCUGCUCCCGGGCCAUUUGCAUAAUUAGGGAGGGCGGGGGCGGGCGGGGCGGGAGGCCCGCGGGGACUCAGGCGGUGGCUGCAGCUCUCGGUGGCGGCCGGCCGAGCAGAGGCUCCCGCGGCCCAGGAAAAUCCGGACCAAUAAGUUGAUUCAGACUCAUCAUCAGUUCCUUUCAGAAACGUUACUAGUUCCCAGCCUUGCCAGCAUCUGCAUACAGAGCAUCUUGCAUUUGUUAUAAUAUUUGUGUCAUCUACCAAUUUUAAGAACAAUAGUAAAACCAAAACACAAUAUGAAUACGUUGAUUAGUAUGUAAUUCCUUCGGAGGGGUAUGUACCAUUUCAUUCUCUUCUGUUUUCCAAAGCUUUGCCCGCAUGGUUUAUGAGCUUCUUCAAAGAGGACUUGGGCUUCCUACACAAUCUAUAAGGUACAGAGAAAAAAAAAAUCCGAUCCCUUUUUAAUCAAAGCCUGUGUGUCAGAAUUCUGCAGGUGCACUUCUUUAAAGAAGCUCAAAGGGAAUAAUUUAGAAAGUGGCCAAUAAGAGACUGAAGCAGCUUUGAGUCUAGUUGCUAACAGAUACCUCAACAUGGAAUUCCAGGAAGGUGGGGAGCUACUAAAAGAAUUUUAGGGGAAAGGAGGAAGGGUUCUUGGAGUCCAAUAUUUUAACGUUGCUUUGCCUUUAAAAUGGAUUCCAUUUCCUUGGGCUCCUUGGCAAUCACGGGAAAAGCAGCAGCUUUGCCAGUGGUCUGGCGGUGUGGGAGGAGGGUGGUGCCAGCUUCUGUGUUUCAGCAGCCAUUGCUUCCUUACAAGAUACUUUAUGAAUGAGGCGUAUUUCCCCCCUCCCAGACGUGCACUUGUUUUGGCAAUAAUGGUAAAAUGAUGCAAAGUGAAAAGAGAUGUAUUUCAGCUUUGAAUUUUACCGUCUGGAUACACUGGGACUAUUCCCAGUGGAUGAAGUUUCAUGUAUUUAAUAUCUCUCACUUCUGGCAGCCCAGCUCCGUUUCUUGGGCUUCAUUUGAGCAUUAUCAUGAAAUAAGAUCUGCAACCCAUUGUCCCCCACCUUCCCUAAAGCAGAGAGAAAUCCCCAAGAGGUAGGAGUGGGAGAGACAGGUCUCUAAACUUAGUGUGGGUGCAAGCACCUCUUUAAACAAAGUAGGCAUUAGGACCUUUGCAACAUCGCUCGAAGCCAAAGAUCCGGAGGUCGGUUCUGCAGGAUACACAGGACCCACUGGGACUCUCAGGCCUGCGGCAGGAUGGGCCUUGGCCUGGGAGGUGGAGGGUCGGGCGUGGGUGGGGAGGGGGGAGGUUAGGAACCUGCUGAGAGCUUUGCGCAGUCAUCUUUAUGGGGGAGGGAGUUAGGGAGUUGGUUUCAGGUCACCAGGAGGGCCCAAGUAAAGAUUGAUGUCAGACCCCUGUCCAUCCACCGUCAGCUCCUUUGGGGGCCUCUGGGUGUGCGGGGUUCAGCCAUAGAUGAGUUGGAGUACAAAGGCCGGGAACUAGACUUCGUGGAGAGUGUAGACUACUCCAUCUCUCCCCAGCUCAGAAGCCUGCGCCUUUGUCCGAGGGCCUGGCCACUUGCAUUAGACAUAUUGAUUGUCAAAGGCCAGGAGAAACCGCACUGAAAACCAUCGUCUCCUUUCCUUGCAGGGCAACGCGCCCCACGCGUGUGACGUGCGAGAGACGCGAUGGACGCGCCUUGCUCUUACUGUGCAGGUCCCGAGAGCGCGGGGGCCACUCGCGCCCGGUCGUGUUGAGGACAUAGAAUCAGCCGCUGGAGGGGCCGCGGGCCGCGCGGGCCCUUCCCGCUCUCGGUCUCACCUUAAGGGCUAAGGCGACCGAGAAAGCCCAGUGCUCCAGUAGGUAAAGGGGCGGCGCCCCGCGGGCUGCAGGCGGGAGGGGUCUCAGCGCUGCCCGAGCCCCCUGCUGCCGGCGGCGGCCUCCCGGCGCCCGCUCCCCGAGGGCCAGUGGCCUAGAAAUGUCCAGGGGAUCGGAAGCUACCCCCGCCUUUGCCAGGAGGAAAACUCUCCACCCUCGCGCUCCUUAAGGCGGGUGACGGGGUUGGAACUGUCUUACUGGGCUACGCAGGCUCCUUCUACGCCCUUUGCCCUUCCUCGUGCGUUCGGACCGCGCCUGGCCCAGCAGAGCCGCGCGCCUCCCCCUGCACGCCCCCCCCCACACACGUGGAGAGAUCCCAGAGCCCCCCUCUUCUUCCCUCCCUUCUCCUUUCAUGUACGACCCCCCGCCCCCUUGCUUUCGUUAGCCAGGCCCGCUACGUUUAUCUGAUAAUUGAGUUAUUAAAAGAUUUGGUUUCCUUGGGCCCAUAAAUCAAUAAACAGUGGGAUUAACGCAAGAGUUUGCCUUUUAAGUCAAAGGAAACGUUUAAAGCAAGCCCCUUUGAGUCUUGUUUUCAAACUAAACAGGUGAGCUGCAGCUCCCUCCCCCUCGCUACCCCAUACCCUCCCGCCCCCAUGUACUCAUUGGACACUGAAUCCAAGCGGCGUGCCCCCUCCUAAGUGCUCGGUCCCAAACCCAAAUAGAAAGGAAGAAUCAGGACGUAGGAGCGCUGCCCUCACGCUUUUCACUUUGCAAGUUCCUCUGGAGGUUCAAAGGUCUUCUGACCGUCCCCUGUCCAAACCUGCCUCCUCUUACGUGUAUUGUGGCUCUUCGGAGAGCAAAAAAGGGGCGCAGGGGAGAGGAGAGGAAAUGGACCGUUCUAGACGACGAGUCCAACAUGGAAGUGAUCUUUUACUUCUCCCCCGAGAAGGUAACUUUCUCUCUUCCCCCAACCCCAAGUUGGAUAGCAUUUUCUUUCCUUCUCUCUGGCACCAACCACAUCUUUAGCUUUCCCCACCCCUACAGAAAGAACUGAAGAAACUUUCAAAGACCUGGCUGUUUUAUUUUCUUUGGCCAAGGAAACCACUUUCUCUCAAGCAAUUAUUUCAUAUCCUAUGAAAACUAUGGUCGAAUGGAAAACCCGAAACUCCAAACUUAUCUACACCCUGUUCCUCCAGUACAAAGCCUUACUUAAAAGGGCAACUCGUUCCUACUUAGAGUGUUUGUAGAGAAUUUGUCAUCACCUCUGAUACCCGGUAUUCGUAAUACAUUAUGUGGAAAGGAAAUAACCUUGAACCACCUGAUGUUGCCUCAAGAGCCCCAACAGUGUUUCCCCUCCUGUGCUGAUGUGUGUUAAAUUAUGGGGUUAAAAAAAUACCAAAAUUCGUUUUGUUUUCUUUUUAAAAAGUAGAAUGAACACCAUUCUUCUUAAUAUGCCAAAAUCGACUCCUCUGUUGAGUUGGUCUCUAAUUCACUAACAUUGUUUUGCCACACAAUCGAGAAAAUAUCAAUCUAUUGACUCUUCACGAGAAGAGCUCUGGAGGGUAUCCAUGUUAAGUUUGUAUAUAUUUAUUUAUGCUUAAUUUAAUGGGAAUGUGUAAAUAUGGCGAGCAAGUAGUUUGGGAUUAUUUAUCUGUGAAUCUAUACCUCUGUGAAUGGGUGGUAAAAAAAAAAAAAAAACACCAAAAAAACGCUUGACCCUAGGUAGAAUCUUAUCCGAAUUUUUCUGUUCUUUAUAGACAAGCUGUUAUGGUAAUGGGUAGAAAUUGGUUUAUUGUCCAGUGUUGAUCUAAUUUACAUAAAUAAAAAGAUUGUUGUGU